AUGUGCCACAUCCUGGCGCAUCUCGUACGGAGCAAUGAUUCUCACAAGCACUUCCCAUGUUCGACCGUAACCGCAUCGAAGGGUAUCCCGCACUGGUGGGUGUCCAACAACCGGUCGCUGUUGUUCGAUCGAGAGGCCUCGGAAAUGACACUUCUCGACACGACUGACGGGCAGUCGAUGAAGGAGAUUUUCUCCGACAACGGGUCCGGCUGGAUCAAGAUCGCGGUCGUGCGUGACCCGGUGACCCGACUGCUGUCAUCCUACCUCGAUCUUGUUGACACUUGGCGAGCAGGCCUGAUAUUACACCAACAAUCGUCAAUAAAUGACCCGCAGGUGCGGCGGCAACGGCAGCUAGGGCUUUUCCUAGAGCAAAGCGACGGAAGAGAGGGCAAAGCCUACGAGGUUUUCCACAAUAGUGGACAAAACGGAAACCGUGAUGGCGGCGAUGCGGUUCGCGUUCCGACUUUGGUGGAGGUGUUGGAAGCCCUUAGGACCGACGUUUGGAGCGCUCCCGUGGCGUUCCGGCCGGUGUCCAGCCUGUGUGGCCAGCGCAGCUCCCCUUUCGACAGCGUUAUUCCGUUCGAGAGGCUGCAGAAAACCUCCACCGAGGUAGUCAAGUCUCUCCCAGGAGACAUCUGGGAGGCGUUCGGGAAGUCGGGGUGGGGACCCGACGAGAAACAUGCCUUCAUGGACUUCGACUAUGGCCGGGGCGCAUGGAGGGGAGAAUUACCCAACGGAGGUGGAGGCGAAGCAGUCGGUGGCGGAACACAAACAGCGGAAGGUGCAGCUACGAAGGGGCAUCAUCUGUGUGGAGGCGGGGGCGAGGGGAAUGACAUGGGGGACUCCUUGCCGCGACACGCGCGCGACCUGUUCGAGGGGGAGAACCCGUGCGCGUGGACGGAAUACUAUUCCGACCUGGAAAUCCUCGACGCAGUUGGCGUGGUAUACGAAAUGGACUAUACUCAUUACCGUUGGUACCGGCUCGACGUGUGGAAGGAAAAAUUAAUUGAUUGUUUGGGUCAUUAA